GUCGCUUUCAAGCCGGGAAGCGAAUCCCCCCCGGGGCCCUCCUAUCGCAACCUUCCGUUCUCGUGUGAAACUCCGCAUCUUUGAAUGUUGAAAUGCGUGUCCUCCCCCUCCUCCUCCUCUUGGCAUGCAGCGGUUCUUCAAAUCCCCCGGCGGCUGCUGCUUCCCAUUACUCUUCGCGCUCCUAGCUCUCUCCGUCUACUUCUUCAACGCGCGUCGAUCCCCGCCUCUUGUUCCGGAAAUGGCUGAGGAAUCGUCCAAGUCCAUCUACGACUUCGCCGUCAAGGACAUUCGUGGAAAUGAUGUAAGCUUGAGCGAGUACUCUGGGAAGGUUCUUCUGAUUGUCAAUGUUGCUUCAAAAUGUGGUCUCACACAAUCAAAUUACAAGGAAUUGAACACUUUAUAUGAAAAAUACAAGGAUCAAGGAUUUGAAAUACUGGCAUUUCCAUGCAACCAGUUUGCAGGACAAGAGCCUGGGAGUAAUGAAGAGAUUCAAGAGACUGCAUGCACUAUGUUCAAGGCUGAAUUCCCUAUUUUCGACAAGGUCGAGGUGAAUGGCAAGAAUGCAGUCCCACUCUACAAGUUUUUAAAAUCUCAGAAAGGGGGGAUAUUUGGAGACGGCAUCAAAUGGAACUUUACAAAGUUUCUGGUGAAUAGAGAAGGGAAAGUUGUGGAUAGAUAUGCUCCCACUACAUCACCUCUUAAAAUUGAGAAAGAUAUCCAAAAUCUGUUGGGAUCAGCUUGAGCAAUAGAGGGCAAAGGACGUGAUGGAAUCUCCUUGGAGUAAACAUCUACACAUGCUGGGUUUCUGCAGUUGACUUUGGUUUAACUUGCAUCGUAUUUCGUCUUUCUGUGCAAUUUGAUCUAUUUGCUUCCUGCUAUUGUAAUAGACAAGUAAUGAUCUCAAUAAUGCUCCAUUUUGUGUU